AUGCCUAUUCCAACCGUCUUUAAGAAACUAAUUAGAAAAUUUAAUCAAAAGCCAGCAGGUAUUGAGAACUUAAAUGAAGAUUCCAAAAAAAUUAUUAAAAAAUGGGUAAAGAAUAACCAAGACCCCCUAUUGUUAAUCGAGUGGGAUGAGCUAGGGUUAAUGUUAAGGACUACGGCUAAUCCUCUUCAUACAAAAUUAUCUCUAGUAAAUGUAAUCACUACGUCGACUGGUUUCGUUCAAUUUCCACCAAUCGGUACUCAAUCGGACUGCGCUUUCUCUUUUGUUGAUACGGAUGGGCUUCCUGCGCGUCAGGCAUUGAUCAACGCGAUGUGUGCUCUUGUCAUUCAUGUCAACAGCGCAACCGGAAAUUGGGCUAAGCCGAUUAUUGGGGUUCCAAAUGUUGGACGAGUAUAUCAAAUAGAGGUUCCAAGGAAAGGAGAAAUCGACGUUACUGAAUUUUCAUGCGUGUUUGGUCCUUGA